AUGAAACUUCUUUCUUUCUUUUUUCUUCCGUCUUCCUUUGAUUGUUUCUUCUUCUUUUCUUUACUUCCUCACCUUUUCUUUCUUUCUUUCUUUCUUUCGUCAUUUCUUUCUUUCGUCAUUUCUUUCUUUCUUUCUUUCUUUCUUUUCCUUAUUUUGUUUAUUUGUUUGUUUGUUUCUUUCUUCUCAUUUUCGUUUAUUUUUCUCGCUUUUUUUCUUUCUUCCUUUUUUCUUUCGUCCUUUCUUUCUUUCUUCUCCUUUGUUUGUUUGUUUCUUUCUUUCUUCUCGUUUUCUUUAUUUCCUCUCCUUUUCUUUCUUUCUUUCUUUCUUUCUUUCUUUCUUUCUUUCUUUCUUUCUUUCUUCUCCUUUUCUUUGUUUAUUUCUUUCUUUCUUCUCAUUUUCUUUAUUUCCUCUCAUUUUCUUUCUUUCUUCCUUUCGUUCUUUCUCCAUUUCUUUCGUCGUUUCUUUCUUUCUUUCUUCUUCUUUUCUUUGUUUGUUUAUUUCUUUCUUUCUUUCUUCUCAUUUUCUUUAUUUCCUCUCAUUUUCUUUCUUUCUUUCUUUCUUUCUUUCUUUCUUUCUUUCGUCAUUUCUUUCUUUCUUUCUACCCCUUUUGUUUGUUUUGACUAUAUCUUGUCUAUCUUUCUUUUCUUUUCUUUUUUCAGCUAUAUCUUGUUUCUCUCUUUUCUUCUUUCUUUUUCCAUUUGA